AUGGAUGAUGAUAUAGACAGAUUGUUGUCAUUAGAAGAAUCACAACUUUCAAAAGAUCAAGAAAUAGCUAGAAUAUUGGCUUGUGAUGCCUAUGAUUACUUUGCCAUUUUAAAUCUCAACCCAUUCCUUUAUGAAAAUGAAGAUGCAAAACUAUUAAACGUUGUGAAGAGAACAUAUAGACGAAGGUCAUUAUUGAUUCAUCCUGAUAAAACUUCCAACCCAGACGCUCCAAUUGCUUUUGAUAAGUUCAAAAAGGCAGAGUCUAUCUUAUCUAUAAAUCUCAAUGAGAAUGUUGAUGAUAUCAUCGAUAUAGCAUUCAAAAAUAAAAUAACGGAAAAGAAGAGAUUGAUUGAUAUUUAUAAAGAAUGUAAGAAGAGACUCCGAUUACUGGAUGAUGAAAUAGAUACGUCUUCUCUUGAAAAAGUUAGGAAAGAAGUGAGUCUGAUAUUAGAAGAGGAAGUUGAAGCAGAAGAAAGAGAAAAGUUAUAUCAACAACAUAAAGAAGCUGCCAAGUUGUCAGAAGAGACAAGAAGAAUAGAUGAACGUCAAUUGAAGAGAGAAAUGGAAAAUAAAUGGGAAAAUGAUAGAGAUACAAGGGUUAAAAGUUGGAGAAGUUAUACUAAUAAAGUUGAAAAGAAGAAUCUUAAAAAGAAAAAGAAAAUCACUAAACCAAAAGUAUUAGCUUAG